GAAGUGUGAUUUGACAUGUGCUUUUAUCUAGCAGAAAAAUUUUCUUUCCUUUCGUGUCGUCAGUUGAAUCGGUUGCAUGAUGAAUGAGCUAAAAUUUGUGUCUACUAUGGAGGAUAUAGCUUUCCUAUAUUGCUAUGAUAUGGGACCGCAUGGCUAUUUUGUUAACGAUGUAGAUGCCAUUUGCAAUUCCAUUCAAAAGGUAUUCAUUUCGAAGCGUUCUUAUUUUAAAAAUUGCAUGCACAAUCUGCAUAAAAGCGCUGCCUAUAUGGACCAUGCCGAAUUGGAUAUGCCGCUGCACUUUGACAUGUUCUUGCCCAUACGUCUGCCCAUGGCAGUGAAAGCAGUUUUCAAAAAGAAGGAGCGCACCGUUCACCUAGGUCGUCGUAGAAAUUAUAAACAUCCGUUCUUCUCUGGCAACUCUGUGAACGCGCUUAACAUGAACUUAUUGUUUGAGAAGGAAAUGAGUGAAGUGAUUGCCCAAAUUGGUAGCGUUUUGGGCCGAUCCGGCGUCAAUUUCGAUUUGAGUUAUUCAACCUUGAAACACAAUAAUCAGCCGUUUCUACAUCAAUUGGUGGCCGAAGCACGUCUAGGACCGUAUCCUGCACCACGUGAGACGAAUGAAGUGAUUUGCAUACGCUUUGAUUUUGUUUUGGCUUUAGAGUUCGAUGAGAGCACUAUAAUCUUGCCGUCAUACUUCAAGCCACCAACGAAGUAUAAAUGGUUAGCCUAUGGCAUGGUUAAUCAGAAUAAUAAUCACGAUCCAGCCCAGUGGGCAGUUCUUCUACCCAAAUGGCAAAAUGCUCAUUUAGCCAUCUUACUUCGUGGCCUGAAUAUGUCGGUGAUGUUAUAUCGUAUGCUAUAUCAUCAUGGUUGCUAUCGCUUUGCUUUGCCGGCUGCAAUUAAAUUCGGAUAUUUCUUGGCCAUUGAAGAUCGUGGAGUUGAGUAUAUGAGGUUGUCAAUUGCAGAGUUAAUGGUGAUGACCCUUGGUCAUCAGGUAUCUCGCAAUUUAGGUACUGUUGUUGCCAAUACCGCUGCCAAUGAUGAACAGCAGAAACGUGCUCAAGAAAUCUAUGCUUUGCUGGUCCAUGCAUUUCGUUUUAACGUAAUUAACGCUGACUUUAUCUAUAAGUGUUACCGCAUUAGGUAUGCCCCACCCACCCCGUGUCGCUUGAAUCGAUCACUUGAAAAUUUGCGAGAACCAGAAGACCACCCAACUUCCGGACGUAUGCGACGUACACGACGUCGAAGCAUUUGAAGUUGCAAGUCUUCAAAGUUAAAUUGACCGAAACAAGUGGUAGAAGGAGGAGCAUGGAAAGCAGGGGAAUAUCAGGACUUGGUGGUAGAGGAAAACCAAACAGAAUAAAUACAACUUUAUUAUUCCCUUAA